CCCUCACCGGAAGGGGCCCAAUCGGCGGCGAGAGCGGUAGGCGGGGCGGGGCAAGCGGGGGCUUCCGGCGGGGCCCGGCAGGCGCCGAGGAGGAAGAGCAAUCCGUGACGGCGCCUCUCUGCCGAGUCUCGGCGCGGCCCAGGAUGACGACUUCAGGCGCUCUGUUUCCAAGCCUGGUGCCAGGCUCCCGUGGGUCCUCCAACAAGUAUUUGGUGGAGUUUCGGGCCGGAAAGAUGUCACUGAAAGGAACUACGGUCACCCCAGAUAAACGGAAAGGGCUUGUGUACAUUCAGCAGACGGAUGACUCCCUCAUUCACUUUUGCUGGAAAGACAGGACAUCGGGGAACGUGGAAGACGAUUUGAUCAUCUUCCCCGACGACUGUGAGUUCAAGCGCGUGCCUCAGUGCCCCAGCGGGAGGGUCUACGUGCUCAAGUUCAAGGCAGGGUCCAAACGGCUCUUCUUUUGGAUGCAGGAGCCCAAGACGGACCAGGACGAGGAGCACUGCCGGAAGGUCAACGAGUAUCUGAACAACCCGCCGAUGCCUGGAGCCCUGGGGGCGAGUGGGAGCGGAGGCCACGAGCUGUCUGCACUGGGCGGCGAGGGCGGCCUGCAGAGCCUGCUGGGGAACAUGAGCCACAGCCAGCUCAUGCAGCUCAUCGGACCUGCCGGCCUCGGAGGGCUGGGUGGCCUGGGGGCGCUGACGGGGCCGGGCCUGGCCAGCUUACUGGGGAGCGGAGGGCCUCCAGCCAGCAGCUCUUCGUCCAGCUCCCGGAGCCAGUCGGCAGCGGUCACCCCGUCCUCCACCACCUCUUCCACCCGCGCCACCCCAGCCCCCUCCGCUCCAGCAGCUGCCUCAACGACCAGCCCGAGCCCCGCGCCCAGUUCAGGUAAUGGAACCAGCACGGCAGCCAGCCCAACCCAGCCCAUCCAGCUGAGCGACCUUCAGAGCAUUCUAGCCACUAUGAACGUGCCGGCCGGGCCAGGAGGCGGCCAGCAAGUGGACCUGGCCAGCGUGCUGACGCCCGAGAUCAUGGCCCCCAUCCUUGCCAACGCGGAUGUCCAGGAGCGCCUGCUGCCCUACCUGCCGUCCGGGGAGUCGCUGCCGCAGACCGCGGAGGAGAUCCAGAACACGCUGACCUCGCCCCAGUUCCAGCAGGCCCUGGGCAUGUUCAGCGCGGCCUUGGCCUCGGGGCAGCUGGGCCCCCUCAUGUGCCAGUUUGGGCUGCCCGCAGAGGCCGUGGAGGCCGCCAACAAGGGCGACGUGGAAGCCUUUGCCAAAGCCAUGCAGAACAGUGCCAGCCCCGAGCAGCAGGAGGGCGACGGCAAGGGCAAGAAGGAGGAGGAGGAGGACAUGAGCUUAGAUUAAGAGGUUCGGUCGCCGCUGUCGGAAGGGCGGCGUUCCAGCUCGUGCGGCCUCGGUAGCGGCAUUAGUGAUCGCACCCCGCUCCCCUCUGUCCCAACUUGCUAAUCAAUAAAAGUCUUUUCUUUUA